AUGUACGAUAUAUAAAUUCGUGAAAUUAAAGAAAAAGUUUAUUCGCAUUUCAUACAGCUUAUACCUUAAUGGGUAACUCCAAAUCAAGUUACUUUAGCGUCUUUUAUUUUUGGAAUUUUUUCAGCGAUUUCAUGUUAUUAUGGAAAAUAUACUCUUGGAUUAUAUUUAUGGUUAAUCAAUAGAUUUUUAGAUGGAUUAGAUGGAACUCUAGCUAGAUUUAGAAAUUAGCAAACAGACUUUGGUGGAUAUUUAGAUAUCAUAGUUGAUUUUAUUGUAUAUUCUAUCAUCCCUAUCAGUAUUGCCAUGAGAAAGAAUAGUCUAAGUGUAUACAGCUCUUUAUCAUUUAUGUUAGCAACAUUUUUUGUUAACGCAGCUGGGUUAUUUUAUUUGAGUGCUCUACUCGAAAAAAGAAAUUUUAAAUAAAAUAAAGAACUUACUUCCGUUACUCUACCACCUGCAUUAAUUGAAGGUCUUGAAACAUUUAUUUUCUACACCUUAUUUUUUGUUUUCUAAAGAGAUAUUUAAAUUUUCUACUGGAUAUUUGGACUAGGAGUUUGUGUUACUAUUUAUCAAAGACUAGACUUUGCAAAGAAGGUUUUAAAAUGA